AUGGGGAUCGUACAAUCAUUAGAUGAUGACUUGCUGCUACCCUUCCCAUCAUUUGAGGAGUGGCCCAGGCAUUCCCACCGCCACGUCAGAGACUGUCAGCCCAACAUAUUUGGUAACGCCACCCACGAAACAUUCCCAGCACAUAGCAGCCUUCACACAACUGCCACAUCUACCACUAGAUACUUUGUAACCAAGGUGGUGGACUCCCUUGAGAACGUUAAGAAUGGUUACGGACAUUAUACAGUGAUCAACAACCCACUGAGGACUUUCUCAGUGGUGGAGCCGGGUGGAUCAAAUGGCUGUAUGGAGCCAAGAAGAAGGACAGUCACACAGACAUCCCAGACUCGUACCUGUCACGUGGCUCUCAAUGCAGGGUUCUUUGACACUCGCACAGGGGCGUGUCUGGGGAACGUGGUGACAGACGGUCAACGUGUUCAAGACUCUGGGGGGAUUCAAAAUGCCAACUUUGGGAUCAGAAAAGAUGGAACGAUCGUAGUUGGCUAUCUGUCUGAGCAGGAUGUGCUAAGAGAAGACAACCCCUUCGUACAACUGGUGUCUGGAGUUAUCUGGUUGGUCAGGAACGCUACCGUCUAUGUGAACGAGAGUAGAACCACCGAAUGUGCAGACAUACAGGAAACUGGCACCCUGGAUAGGUUUGUUAAUGUGGUGUCAGCUAGGACUGCAGUAGGACAUGACGAGGAGGGGAGGGUUGUCCUGGUGCACAUAGAGGGACAGACAGGAGACAGAGGAGUGAAUUUGUGGGAGUUUGCAGAUUACUUGCUCAGUCUUGGGCUGGUGAAUGCUGUCAACCUGGACGGAGGCGGGUCUGCCACAAUGGUGAUAAAUGGGACUGUUGUUAACUACCCUUCGGACCGCUGUGCUGACGACCGAGCGUUCCGCUGUGCCCGUGCAGUCUCCACCAUCCUGUGUGUCCACGAUCCAGAUGAUGUGACAUCAGACUGCAGAGUGGUCAGCUCUUACACCUGUCUGAAUGUCACAAUUUUGGGUGUCAUUCUGAGUUGGAUUCUGCAGUAACACACAAGAACACACACUAGUGCUAGGACAUUUGGCGUGUGGCUAAUGAGUUCCAGUUUUGAGUGCCUUGUAAAAGAGCUGUGACAGAAGUUGCAGACCUUCUAGGUUUUAUGUUGUUUUCAUCUGAGGAACUGUCAUCAAUUUGGAGUGGUAGAUAUAUCUUGGUUUGACAAAAAAGUGACACAGGUUUUAAAUUAGGACUUUUGGUAGCUUGCAUCGUAGCAUGUUUUUAUGAUCAGCAUGACUGUAGAUUGUACAUGUAUUGAAGGAUUGGCAUUUUUUUAGUUGUAGUGUUAAGGUAAAGGUACAGAUAAUCAGAUGGUGUGAAUGUUAAUGCCUUUCCUUUCAUUGAAUUACAGUGUGCAUGUGCUGAAGUGUGAAUUACUAUAGAUUAAACUUUUUUAGUGUAGAAAGUCAUGGCUCAGUGAUUGUUGGGGACAGGGAGUGCAGGAGUCUGUUGUAACAGUUAUGUUCUUUGAUCAUCCAGAAAUGUGAAGAUGACUCAUGUGCGUCAUGUGUACUAGAAGUAAAUUAUGUGGAUCCAUUGUAGGUGGGAAGGGGUGUGGCCUUUCAUUCCACAGUUUUUUGGGUCAUUUGGAGUGGAAGAAAGUAGUUGUUUGAGUGUUUGAGAUUUACAGACUAUUUUGUGGAUGAGGUAUGAUAAAGUUUGAAAAUUUGAACCUUAUGGUGAAUAAAGAUGAAGUAGAAAAA